GGAGCCAGAGUCCCGGGAGGCGGGCCGUCCCGAGGAGGCGAGCGGGCUUCCAGCGCGAGGACGGAUGCGGCUGCCUGCGGAGGGCACGGACGUGAGUCUCGGCCCCCGCUCCUGCCGCCGCGCCGGCUGCCCCGGCCGCUGUGGCACCGAUGCAGCCGCGGGCUGGAGCCUCCGCACCUCCGGGCUUAUGAGCUGGACCAGCGUCCUAGACUACUCAUCUAACCCAACGAUGGCUGUGGACAUAGAGUACAGAUACAGCUGCAUGGCCCCUUCCUUGCGCAGAGAGAGGUUCGCCUUCAAGAUCUCACCAAAGCCAAGCAAACCUCUGAGGCCUUGUAUUCAGUUGAGCAGCAAGAAUGAAGCCAGCGGAGUGAUGGCCCCAACCGUCCAGGAGAAAAAGGUGAAAAAGCGAGUGUCCUUCGCAGACAACCAGGGGCUGGCCCUGACAAUGGUCAAAGUGUUCUCAGAAUUUGAUGACCCGUUAGAUAUUCCGUUCAACAUCACUGAGCUCCUAGACAACAUCGUGAGUCUGACGACAGCAGAGAGCGAGAGCUUUGUUUUGGAUUUUUCUCAGCCUUCUGCAGAUUACUUAGACUUCAGAAGCCGGCUUCAGAGCGACCACGUCUGCCUGGAGAACUGCGUGCUAAAGGACAAAGCCAUCGCCGGCACGGUGAAGGUGCACAACCUCGCGUUUGAGAAGACGGUGAAGAUCAGGAUGACGUUCGACACCUGGAAAAGCUUCACAGACUUCCCCUGCUGGUAUGUGAAGGACACUUACUCUAGUUCAGACAGGGACACGUUCUCUUUUGACAUUCGCUUACCUGAGAAAAUCCAGUCUUACGAAAGAAUGGAGUUCGCUGUGUGUUAUGAGUGCAACGGGCAGACGUACUGGGACAGCAACAAAGGCAAAAACUAUCGGAUCACCCGGGCGGAAUUAAAGUCCACUCAGGGGACAGCAGAGUCGCAAAACGGACCAGAUUUGGGGAUAUCCUUUGACCAGUUUGGAAGCCCUCGAUGCUCCUAUGGGCUGUUCCCGGAGUGGCCUAGUUACCUGGGGUAUGAAAAGCUAGGGCCCUACUAUUAGUGACUGCGAGUGGCGGAGCAUGGCUGAGCGGGCGCAGACGCCUGGCUGCAGUCACCGUGGGAUGGAGACGGAAGCCGAGAGAACAGCUGAACUGCCAUCAGGCACAGUUUUGGAAAAGAAAGGAUCCUAUUCACUUUUUUCUUCAACCAGCAAGUCCAGCCCGGCUUAGACCACAGAACCGGCUUCACGGUCAGAGCGGCUGCGGUGCACUGGUCUGCUUGGCACCCGUGGCAGCCCCAGGGUAUAGGUGGGAUGGUGCCAGAAAGGGUCUGGACAGGAACCAGGCCUGCAGGCAAUGCUGGCGAGGCCAGAGGAUGGUGGCUUAAUAACAACGCAACUCGGAGGGUGCCCGGGCUGUGUGCAGGAGCCUCGCUUGGGAAAGUCAGUCACGUGAAUGUCACUCCAUCCCCAGCCACCUUCUGGACCCCUGCUGUUCGUUUGUGUUCUCCACCCAGCCGGGCCCUCCUCUGUUGCUGCUGUCCCACGUCUACACAUUCUUCAUACUUUGUCUCCCUGCAGUUUUUUUUUCUUCGGCAGUUCAUCUGAUGUUCAGGAAAAGAUAAUAAAGGCAGAUGGGCCUGUGAGGCAGGCAUUUCCUCUUUCCGACCCCGUGUGCAUUCCAGCGAACAGCACACCAGUGAUCCGAAGUGACCGGCUCCCCGGCAGUGUUACAGAUUGCUGGCUCAUGAUGGGCAGGACAGCCGCGAGUGGGACACAUCUCACUUCUCCUCUUGGCUUUUGGGGGGGCUUUCUAAGUACUCAGACUUACCUGGAGUCACCGGAAGGCUCACUUGCAAGGGGCGUUUUAACUUGCUCGGCUGGUUUGCAGGUGUCUCAUUCUUCGUACAAGGAUUUUAGAUCUCCCUUUCCAGGGACUCAUCUUUUAUGCUGUGUUCAGGACAUUUGGAUUUGCAGAUCCAAUAUAUCCUCAAAGCCUUCUGAGAAUGCUUGCUUUUAUUUUGACUGUGAUUUACAAUAUCCGGGACACUUUACAAGCACCCAGGGACUUUGAUUUGGGUGCUGUUAUUUAUGGUGUGUGAGUAUGUGAAAGGGGUAGGGGAGAAACCUCACUAAGUUCUCAUGUAUUUGCCAACUCGAGCUAUCAGACGUUUAUUGAUCUUCACCAUAUUGGACUAAAGAACAAAAAAAAUCUGUGGGUUCAUGCUGUUGUGAGACUCCUGGGACUUUCAUUGUCAGGUGGAUCCCAGAUCCUGUGAUUUUUCUUGGGCAAGACUGGUUUAUACUUGGGGAUGUUUAAAAUAUUUUUACAUGUGUAUUUGUAGAAGGUUGGGGGUUUUUCUGUUUUGUUUUUGGAGAUUAAAUGACAGUCUCGUU